AUGGUGGAGCGCGACGACACUUUCCACAAGAUGAGCAAGAAGAUUGCGCAGCUCACGAAGGUCAUUUUCCACUUGAACACGAAAAAUGACGAAGCGGACCUGCAUCUGCGGUCGGUUUCCAACGCGUACGAGCAGGAGAUCGAGGGGAUCGUCCGCAACUGCAACGCGAAAAUCCAGGACGCCUGGAACGCGUUUGAGAAGGUAAAAAACGAGACGGCGGUGCGGGAGCAGAGUCGCGGCAUGAAGGAAAAACUGGAGUCAGAAAAGCAAAACAUGCUGAAGGAGAUCGAAGACCUGAAACUCCACCAAGUGAAAAAGGAGCAGGAGUCCUUCCGACAUUGGACCGACCGGGUCACAACCUUGACCGAGGAGCUCGAUGAGCUCCGGGUGCGGUGUCGCGAGCAGCGGGAGAGCUUUGACAGAAGUUUGCAGCAAAAAGUGGACCAGCACAGCCAGGCGCUUUUGGACCAGAAAGCGACGUUGUCGGGCACGUUGGAGGCAGAAAGCACGAAGUGGGACGAAGAAAGAGUCUUGCUGAAUGCGAAAGUAUCAAUCUAUUUUUGAUGUCCAGUGCUGAUGUAGUGCUAGGCUGUGCUGCUCGUCGUGUCGUGUAUAAUUCCGGAAUCCACAUCACGACAAGGAGAAAUAGAAAAUUAAAGAUUGUGUUGAGAUUACUUAUACUUAUCUGCCGGAAAAUUUCUUUGCUGCAAGGACACCAACAAGAAUCAUGCACACCAUAAUUUCAACAGAUCCGCAGUCUCGAGGGUGCGCGCAGCGACGCCGAAAAUGACUGGAAGCGAAAAGUAGAGGAGCGCGACGAGAACAGUGCAAAUUUGGCUUCGCAGCUCGCAGAAAAACAAAAGUCGCUGGAAAAAGCGAUCGCCGACAAAACGGCACUAGAGUCCGAGCUGGAGGACACCGAGACUCGGCGCAAACAGACCGCGGAGGACCGGGAUCGGGUGGUGGAAGACUUGUCAAGGCUGAGAGAGGGUAGUUCCGCGACUGCGUCGCGACUAGAAUCAGAACGAGCGGAAUUGCUGAAGAUGAAGACCGAGUUGGGCAGUCAAGUCGCGAAGCUUCAAGCCUCGCUAGACUAUCAAAUGCAAAAAUGUCUGGGUCUGGAAGAAUGCAAUUUGUCGUGCUAAAUCUGAAGCAUGCAAAAAUCUGUGUUGCAUGAUUACCAAAAGUCGUCCAGUUUUGACCAAGUCGGGAGGCAGUUUCUCAUGCAGGAUAGGCAUGGGAAAGAUCGCACAGAAUCUGUCACGCUAUGUCCUGCAUUCCAGACCUCACGGGUCAUGGAAAAGCUGCAUGACAAAUCGCGUAUUCUUCCAGACCCAGACAUUUUUACAUUUGAUAUAGACGAGGAAACGACGAAAGCGGCCGACCGGGAGAGAGAAUUCUCGCGCUACAAUAUUGUGAGGAAAAAUCCCCCCUCCCCAUAUCAAAACAGAAUUUCUGAUGCUGGAUUUGUGUACACAAAUCAGCUGUGUAUUGCAGGGAGGCAUUGCGACCAGAUCCCCAGGGUAGGUAAGGGCGUAUGAAUCUAGUUGCUCAGCAUGGCAAACGGCUGCCCUGUAGUCCCAACAGCAUGACAAACCGGCUUCAUAAUGGGGCGGAAGCUUCUGCCCUUCUCUUCUUGCAAGACAGAUGUGAUUUGUGACCUCAAAUCAGCAACGCAAAUUUUCGAAAACAUAUCUUUUCAAUAUGGGGAGGGGGGAUCUUUCCUUACGAUAUACAAGUCCGAGGCCAGCAUGUCUUCCCGGGAAGCCCAGGACACGGUCGAGAGACUACGAGACUCCUUUGCGCUGGAGAAAAAGCGCUGGGAGGAAACCAAAAAGUCGCUGGAGGACGGGAAAGAGGCGGUCGAGAAAAAAUUUAGCGAAACGGAGAAACGGCGAGCAGAGGUAAAUUUUUGUAUAUUUUUUGCGAGUACGUUGUGUACUACACUGUUGUUCGGUAGCGGUAGCGGCUACUGGUUCUCUCCAUCAACUUGUUUUUUUGAUGGUCGCACGUCUGUGCGUAGCUUCUUUCAAUGAAAUUCAACCGUUUUUCAUUUCCAUGAAAAUAUCAGCUGGACACACGAGCACAGCGGUUGGAGGAGCAAGCAAACACCUUGACGAGCGAGCGAGACUCGAGCCGAGCGGAACGUGACAAGUUGCAGUCUGAGAUAGACGCCUUGCGCAAGCAGAUAGAAGAAACCAGUAGUGGGGCCAAGACCGACAUUGACAUCUUGCGGCAGAAGCACACAGCUGAAAUAGAAGAACUAGAGAAGAAGCUGAAAGAAAAACAAGCAGCGCACAAACAGGAGCUGGACGCGACAAUAGAAAAGCACAAGGCGGAAAUUGCAAGCCUGCAAGCGUCCCUGAGUGCCGACUUUGCGUCAAAGACAGAGGCGGCGAGCGAAAAGUAUACGAAAGAAAAAGAAGAACUGACAAAAGCGCACAACGAGCGAAUAGAAGAGCUUCAGCGCAGCUUUAUCACCGAUCGAGAUCGGGACCGCCACGAAACCAGUGCGGCGCGGGAAAAAGAACACGCAGACUUCGAACAGAAAGUGGCGACUCUGCAGGGCCGACUAGAAGAGGAGGAGUCAAAGCGGCGCAACCUCGAGGAUCUCGGCGGCGACACCGCAAAGCAGCUCCACGCGGUGCGCGAGACCCUUGCUGCCAAGGAGGCGGAGGCAGCGGGUCUCGGCGAACAACUCAAGGUAUCAUGAGUUUUGUUCCUGUUCUUUAUUACCGCAAGUAAAGAAGAUACCAGGAUCAGGAUGGAACAACUAGUACUAGAAGUAGAAGAACACAUUGCAGCUGAGUACUACAGUACACUUGAAUCGAUUACGAUUUUUGUCGAUUUGCGAUGAAAAUGAAAGUGUCAAUCAUGGUUUCUGAAAAUAAAAACAUAGACUGCGCGCGACCGUGUCCAAAACCUUGAGUCGAAGAAUCUUUCCUCGGAUGAACGGCACGCCGCUACUAUCGCGCGGAUGCGCGAGGAUCUGUCCCGCGAAACGGAGGAGUGCCGGGUGGCAAAGCAGGACAACACGAACCUGCAAAAGGAUCUCACACUCGUGAGGAACGAGAAACAGGAGCUGGAAAGAAAUUUAGUGAUGAAGGACGAGAGCAUCGAUUCCUUGGAAAAGCAGCUGCAGGACAAGGAAAGGGGUUUGGGGGAAGUUUCCACGGAGGCGAAGCAGAAGAUGGACCUCAUGACGGCGCAGAUGAAUCGGCAGCUGAACGACGCCAAGGACGACGCAGUGAAAAUGGUACAGGAACUGACACAACAGCACCAACAGAAAAUUGCGGACAUCUACGAAAAGCACGGCGCGGAGCUAGAGCGGGUCAAGCAGCGGCACAACGUACGUGAUAUACGCUUUUGUAGUGAUUGAUGUUUUCAUCUUCCUGUUUGACAGUACUAGAAAGUGAAAGACAAAGGUCCUUCAUCUUUCCGGCGAGCUACUCACUAAAAGUAAAAAUAAGGGUUUAUGAAGAAUAAAUCGUAUCAAAACCUCCUAAACGCGUCUGCAGAUCGAGCUCACGGAGAAGAUUGCCGCGCUCGAGGACCAACACACGGCGUCGCUGCAGCAGCUGAAAUCGAGACACGACGGGGAGCUGGCGCAGCUGGACGGGAACCUGCGGAUGGAAAUGGAAAAGCUGCGGCAGCAGCACGAGGCGGAAACGCAAGCCGCCAGGGAACGGCACAAGGAACUCGCCGAUGAGAAGCGGGCGACCGACGCCAAGUGCGCCGCCCUGGAAAAAGACCUGCGGUGCAGCUCCUCCAAGAUCGACGAGUUGACGAGCGAUAUAGCGAUACUGCGGGCGGAUUUGGUAGCCUCGGAAAAGCGAAUAGAAGAUUUAAUGCAAUCAGGAGACGAGAGCUUGAGGAGGCUGAAGGUAAUAAUUCGGCAAAGAACAUCAAGAUUUUUGUUUUGAUCGAUCUUCAUAAUGAAUUUCUUCUCAGAUGAGUCGUUCGUCUGUUCGGCUUUUUUUUUCAUCCUGGAAGAUCAUGGACGUUGUCCGACUCGCCGUUUCUAAAUGCAUCAACGCACCACUGCUUGUUCUCGUGAACUCUUACCACAGGCUGACGCAGACAAGCGAGAGGCACAGAUUAGAGCAUCGUUUGAGUCAGAAAAGCAGAACUUGGAGGCCAAUCACCAGGACGAAGUCGCGAGGAUGAAUCAGGUACUACUUGGGUCAUAACUAGUUUUGAUCAGGUGUUUAUUCUACUCUUCCAGAUGAAGGCGCGAGCGAAAAAAGCUUGGGUUGACAAGUAAAGCCAUCAUUGUUCGGCUGAAAAUAAGUUAGUAGGUGCUAAGAUCUCGUAAAAUGCGACUGAUAUACGAACAAACAGACUCUUGAAGCCUAAAGGUAUCGUGUCCAGAUACCUACUGGGGGAAGGUUUUUAUUCUUCGUAAACAGCACCUGAUUGCAAAAGAAAGCCAGUCUCACCAUCGAGGUUCUUCUUCUUCUUUCUUUUCUUCUUUUCCUUUCUUUGCUUUCUCUUUUCUUUCAAAUCACGAGGCUACCGAGAUACUUAGUACGAGAGUAUCCGAAUUACUUCGAGCUUGUUGUAGUGAACGAUAAGCAAACGAUGUAGUACGAUACCGAGAGUGUUUCAUCACUCCCCCCACUAAGAAAAAUCGAAAAUAAAUAUGGCCAGUAUUUAUAUGAGAUUUCUAUGUGGAGCGACCUAGGGAAAUAAAAACCUAAGUUCGUAAGAAGGCUCAACCAAACGUGAAGAAAGAGUAGAAAAAUUUGAAAAAUGUAGGUGCGUGCAUGAAAUAUAAAAACCAAAUCUGUAAUGCGAAACAUGACACGAAGGGAAAUAAAAGAGUUGGUUUGUAAUGCGGGAAAUUUGAAUAUUGUAAAAGUUUGCAACAAAAUGAUAUGAAAUGAAGCAAACACCGCUUAGAAAGCAAAAAAAAAUAUUCAUAACACUAGGAAAAUAUGGAAUAUGUGAUGCUGAAAAUGUGAGAUAAAAAUAAGCAAAAGAUGAAUCUGUCAUGCGAAAAGCAAAAAAAAUUAAAGCAAUGACAAUCCGAAUCGCAAUGGUGAACGUGAGAUAAAAUCGAAGAGCGUAAAACUGCCAAAAUGGCAAAACAAAAACAGCACGGGAGUACUCGUAUCAUUUGACUCAAGGUGCUACAGGAAGAGGCUUGAUUAUCAUUUUGUCAAAAAAAAUAAAGUGUAAAUGUUAGAUUUGUAAUGCGGAAAAGGAGAAAAGAUGAGUAUGAGUAGUAGUCAACGGAAUUUGUAAUGCGAAACACGAUGAGAAUGCGCUGACCAUAUGAUAAAGAAGUUGUAAAAGAAUGUAAAAUAGCAUGACAAAUUAAAAGUCUGAAUUUGUGAAAAAAUAUAAUAACUCAUCGCGGAAUGGAGAUUUUAUUAAGAUGCAAAUUUUGUAAAAGCAAUGGAAGUAGAGGGCUUUUUCCUUUCGUCAAAACGUCAGCGAUGUUUUGCGUCUUGCCACAUACCCAGCGAAUCACCAUGCUCCCACUCGUGUAAAGCUGUCGCAGGCCGUACCAGUUUGCUGCAAGUCGCAUGCUAUGACAGCGAUUAUUUGUUUUCAGGUGGGACACGAGUGAGUUGUUGUCGUUCAGCAUCACGAUAGGGUCGGUAGGUUUAACCAAACCCAAGGAAAUCGCGAUGGCGCUGAGGUAUCUCGCCACGUUCGCGGCGAAUUGCGUCGACAAGGUUUCGGCAUCCAGGAUAGCAUCGCAUUUCCGUUUUACGCUCGUCGUGCGCCAGUAGAUCGGCACUCCAGUAGCGCUGAUCGCUGCCCCGGUCGGUUUCUCCAUUUUGUGAACUUGGUCCACCCCUCGCGUUUCGGCUUUGUCUGGGAUGGAACUCAGCCAAUAAAUUGACCCAAUGCAUGGGGCUUCGGGUUGUAGUCGGUUAAACGAUGCAUCUGCAUAGGCAACUAUUUGCAAAUCGCCCUCUAGUUUCGGUAUUUUCAGUCGUACGCUUCUGCUGUGCAAAGUUUUCCGGAUCAAUUUAUUGAGCUGGUGGAGGUGCGACCAUGUCGGCGCUGUAGCGUGCUUAGAAAGCGAAUUUGUGUCGUAGGUCAGGUCGGGUCGUGUGCGGUAGGAAAUCCAGUUCAAACGCCCGAUGGCGCUGCGGUACUUGGUGUGGUAUUCCGCAGGUAGUGGAUCUUCGUCUUUUGCGUCUGCUGGUGCCGCAAUUUGCUCGAACUUUGCGACAUAAUGUUCUUGAUCCACUUCAUACCCACCGUCUUUGGUUCUUCUGAUACAUUUUCCGCAAAAAAUGACACCGCUUUCAUCGAUGUCAUCGACCGAACCCACCUUGAAACGAUCAGCAACUUUUUGCCAAUACCGAUCGAAUGCGCUAUCUCCAGCCGUAAGCUUGUCAUCGACGUGAAGAUUUACAACUUCAGCAAUUCGACCAAUGGGAGCGGUUCCCAGAACUUCUUCGGCCAAAAUUUUCUCUGCCGAUUUCUUGGAAUUUUCUUGGUCCGGGCGCCUCACGACUUCGUCUUUUUCAUCCAGUUCCAGCACCCACAAUCCCAAGUCAGCACCUAGUUGCCGAAAUCCAACUUCUUUGAGGAAGUCAGAAAAGGCAACAUACCAACGUCGAGGUCCAUCCACCAAGCCAUAAAGUGCCAUCAACAGCUCCAAGCAUGAAUUGACCUCCCAUUUCAUUGCUUCGUAAAACUCAGGGCCGCACUCUUCAGGCAAUUGAGGAAAGGCGACGAACGGCCUGGGCUCCCCUUCCUUGAAUCCGUUUUGUUGCAGGAAGGCGGUCUCAAAAUCUGUCGUCUUUGAUUGCCAUCGGUUUUUGCUCGCAAGACAGAGACUCAAAAGCAGCCCUUCAUGGCUCACCACGUCCUGAUCUAAACGAAGAGUGGUUUUGCGGGGGUCCAUGUACCCGCGAGGCACGAAGCGGCAUUUGACACGUUUGAGAGACCCAUCGGCAUUUAACUUCACGGCGAAGAUCACGCGGCUAGUGAUCAACUUCUGCCCAAGCGGUUUCUCCACUAUUUUGUAAACUUUGCGCUUUUCCAAACUUCCAAACUCAUUGACAAAAGCCUCCAGCGCCAGUUUACUCAGUCCGUUUUGCACAGACCACUUGUAAUCCAGCUCGACUGUUCCUUUGGCUAACUGCUCCGGCGGCAGGUUGAGCCAAAUUUUUUCUGACUCUUUUUUCUCGGCCUUGACUUCCGUCGGCUCGGUCGGAACAGACUUGAACGCGGGAUCUUCAAAAACCAAACUCACUACCAGAUCGCGCUUGGAAACUGCUUCACCGACAGAAGCAGAGCGGGCGGGCGCGUUUGGAAUGAGAAUGAACGUAGCUGAGUGCUGAUUCGGAAUCUCCGGCCGUUUUUCCAGACCGGUUUUUGUUGGGACGCGCUGGCAGUUUUUUCGAAUCACAACACCCGCAAGGCUCGGCAAAUUCAAAGUCGAAUUGAUCAGCUCGAACGGCCGCGAGCCUGGCAAAAACUCGGCGCGCGUGGUACUGUCAUCAACAAACCCAGCAAAGAAAUCUUGAAACAGGCUCAGGGAUUGCUUUUGUUGAGAUGACAGGUAGGCGAAUUCCGCUUCUGGUGCUCCAAGCGAAAAGAAUGCCAGCUCCUCGGUGUGUUCGUAAUGCGACUUAAUGCGCUUCAGCAAUUCGUCUUUUUGUGCUGCCAGGGGGAUACUGAGAUAGUGCGCCAGCCAUUGCAGUUCCACCAUUGCCAAACCUCCUAAACUUUCCAAGUUCCGUUUGUCGGGCGGGACCUCGCGGUAGAACUUCGGAUCCAGAUCCCUGCUUUUCGUUUUCUGGUUUACCCCUCUCCAGUUGGAGAGGUCACGCGCGGCAGUGACUUGAUUUUCGUGAACAACAGAUAUCGAAAACGCCGCGGGGUUCUUGAGCUCGCUGGAUAACUUUUGGCCCUUUUAGGUAUUUCACUUCCAGCAGUUUGCCCUUUGGUGUGAAGGUCGCGUGGACCGUGCGGACGGUCUUCAGUUUUUCGCGGUUUGCCUGUGCGUUGCCCGCGAUCAAAACUGGUUCGUCGAAUCGUGUAGCGCCAAUUCUGCAGCUAGCUUGGAUCACUUUUACCGACCCAAAAAGCGACUUUUGCACUGCCAUGCGCCUGGUUGUGUCGUCGCGCGCGGCUGCGGCGCUGUGCAGGUUUUUCGCGUUGGCCUUCAUCACAUCGACUACAAUUUUGUCUACGUCCGUAGCAUCGGUUUCUGCAUUUUCUUGCUCUUCUUCUGGCUGCAUUUGUAACAACUGCGACUCCAAAUUUGUGGCCAAAUCUUGAUACUCUUCGGGCAAAACUUCAACGACCUCAAUUUCAGAUGGCGGAAGGCGGCGGCACUCUCGCGCGUGCGCCUGCUUCAUGGUUCCAUCAUCGAACUGGACCACUACUGUCUUCGUGCCUUUUGUUCCCACGACAGUAGCACCAGCCCACCGAGUGCGCCCGGUGGUUUUGUCUUCUGGUUUCGUGUCCACAUUCACAAAAACUCGGUCGCCAUUGUAGUAAAAUUCCGCACUUGCGUGUUGGCUCUGGUUGUUCAAAAUUUCGGAAAUUCCUUUUGUUUGUGCCUCGAAGUUCACCAGUUUUGCUGCCUCAUUCCGAAGCUGCGCGCGCUGGGAAGCAAAUUCCUGGUCCGUUUUUGAAAUUUUCGCGAUUGAAGGCCCAGGAGCAAGGUCGCGCAAAACGUCCUGACUGUGAUCGUUUCCCAAUUGAACAAAUUGAGAACUGUGGCCGGAAGAUCGGACAUAACUGUUUUUGCACACCAAUGCUUCCUGCAGAAUGUCAACAAAGUCCAGGCUCGUGUAGUGGCUUGCCGGACUUCCACACAACCUGUCCACCAACAUCCCCAAAGCGCGCGUAUGCGAUUCAGAGAUGAACUCAUGCUCGCGCACAGGGCUGCGAUAAUGGAUUACACCUCCUGCCACGGUACUCAGGUAGCCAAAAACUUUUGCAUUGAUGAACUCCGUACCGUUGUCGGUGAGAAUCGCGGUUGGCAGCGACCCAUUGAUUUUUCUCCACAAUCGCAAUCCUCGAACAACUUCGGACCCACUGGAUUCCGUUUCGCAGAUGGUUGCAAACGACCACCCACUAUGCGCGUCCACAAAGUGCAGGACUGCGCACUUUUUAUUUUUCCAAACGAAGCACACAGUGUCAAUGCAGACCAACUCAUUGGGCGCCGUCGCAGAAAUUUUCUUUCCUCCCAAUUUCGGUUUUGGCUGCAUGCGCAAAAGCUGGGCGCAGGUCGGGCAGUUUUCAACAACCAGCGCGGCGAUCUGCUCGAACUUUUUCCGUUCCGCUUCAUUUUCAAAAACUUCGGAAUAUCGAAAAGUCAGCGGCUUGGCCGGCAGAUGCCAAUUGCGCUCGUGCAAUUUCUUUACCUCGGAAUACGUGAAAAACGCCAGCUCUUCAGCAGUUCCGGCAUUUGCGUAGUGGUAGCCCGUUUCACUUCCGAAAAUUUUUUCAAAAUUUUUCAGAAAAUCAACCACGUAGAGUCCGUUUCGUUUUUGCAGCGGUAUUACUUCCUCUCCUUUUCGAAUUUCAAACCCUUCCAAAUCGAUUACACUUCCGCCCAAAAUGUCACACCCUAAAAGGAAAGGCGUGUCGGGUGGAGUCAGCACGGCAAACGUCCGCCAGGCGCUGCCUAUCUGUAUGCUGACUCCUUUUUCCACUUUUUUCGUGAAGCCGUCGGCAAACUUGUAACUCAACUUUUUUGGUAGUUGAAAUUCUUCUCCCACAAAAUGCGGGAACACAGACCGGAAGGCCUGUAAGGUAGCUUCGCCCACAAGGCUGCGGCUGCAACCCGGGUCGACAACGAAAAUCCCGGCAAACUUUUCGUAGGAUUUCGUUUGUUCCUCGGUUAGCUCGGACAAAUAACACCAGUCCGAAUCGUCCGCCCGCGGCUGUAGACUUUGUCUGGGGGUUCGGCGGGGGGGUUCCGUUUUCCAAAAUUUUUCCCAAAAUGGUGGGGCUCAUCAUCAAAUUUUUCAUCGUAACACCAUGCGGAUUCUCGGAUUGCUUUUUUUUUUCGGUCGCAACAGCACCGGUCUUCAAAUUUUUCAAAGCUUGCAGGGAUUGAUUGAUUUUCGUCCUACCAUUGGAAUUCAGGUCGAUAGAUGCUUUUUCGUUCUUGCAUAGACAUCGGGAUUCGGGACACGGAAUAAUUGAGAUUUUUUCAUUCGCCACCGGGGUGCGUCGUAGAUGCAAAUCGUCCAUCUUCAAAUUUUCAUACUUUCCAUCGGUUUUCGGUGGGGAUAGUCAGGCCGCAUGUUCCGUCUCGUCGGCGUCAGCAUCCUGGGCCAGCAUCGCGCUGCCGUUUCCACGGUGGGGGCACGAUUUCCGCAGGUGUUGGUUGGAACCACAAAUCCAGCACUUCGCCGCGUUUCCGUUCCCUUUUCCAACACCGGGGCCGCCUUUCGUACCUCCGUUGCCCUUGCCGUUUCCGCCGUUGCGCUGCGGCUUUCCGCCGUUCUGUCCCUGGCCCGUUCCUUUCCCGCCGGCCUUGGUCGGUUUCCCACCAUUGCGUUGUUGGGGUUUGUACUGAAAAUUCGUGUUUCCGUUUCCCUUGCCGUUGCCACCGUUCCGUCCGUGCUUGCCCUUGCCGUUUCCCUUCCAGCGCGGGAUCUGUGCCAAACCCGCGAUAGCCAUAAUCGCGUCCCCCUGUCGGUCGUACCGGUUUCCCGCGCGGUCCAAAGAGGUCGGAACCAAAAGAGUUUCGACCAGCUGGCAAAGGUGGCGGAACGUGUGUUCUCCCUGUCCCGAUUUCGCCAAGUCGAAGUGGUUGCGCAGCGUCUUGGAAUCGUUCAGGUCGAAACGCAUCCCCGAAAAGUAGGCGGAUACGAUCGCGCGUUCAUCCAUCGGACGCUGGUCGUUUUUCUGGUCAACCACGUAAGCCUUGAAGCGGGUGGUUGCGGUUUGGUAGUCUUCGUUCCCCUUCCGUUCGAAAGUGCUUACCCGGCGGUAGCGCUUUUCUUCGGCCAACCCGUCGACCGGUUCCAAAAACGUCACCGCACGUUCUAAGCGUUGCACCGGGGUCAUGGUGCGAAUGCCCGAAAUCCAGUCGGCGUCUUCUCCUUCCUUGCCUUCGUAGUCCGGGGUCAUGGACAUGGUCCAGGUGCGCGGGUCCAUUUGUAAAAGUUGGCGAACCAAAAGGGGAUGGUAAUGGUUGGGCUCGAUGCCUUGCAGCAUGAUGGUGGGGCAGAUCAAAUGUUCCGAUAACUCCGAUGCCAGCAACCACAAUUGGAGUUUUUCCUUCCACUCCCGUGGGCCCAUUGUCGGGGUCCACACCGGCACCGGAAUGCGUCCACUGCUGUGUCCGCUGCUGCUACUGCUCCCGCUGCUGCGUUCCAUGGUGUUGGUUUUGUUUAAACAGUGCGAAAACGGUAGGCCCUAAAAAGCUUGAGACAAGUAAAUUUUUUCUACAGCCGGGGGGCUCUGUGGAGGAUCCUAGGUGAUUAGCCUAAAACUCCGCUACCAUGCUAAGAUCUCGUAAAAUGCGACUGAUAUACGAACAAACAGACUCUCGAAGCCUAGAGGUAUCGUGUCCAGAUACCUACCGGGGGAAGGUUUUUAUUCUUCGUAAACAGCACCUGAUUGCAAAAGAAAGCCAGUCUCACCAUCGAGGUUCUUCUUCUUCUUUCUUUUCUUCUUUUCCUUUCUUUGCUUUCUCUUUUCUUUCAAAUCACGAGGCUACCGAGAUACUUAGUACGAGAGUAUCCGAAUUACUUCGAGCUUGUUGUAGUGAACGAUAAGCAAACGAUGUAGUACGAUACCGAGAGUGUUUCAUCAGUAGGCAUCAAAUAAAUCAGUAAGAGUCUAAACGAAACCAUUGCUUUUGCUGCACAACAGAUCCGCGCCGACAUUGAGGCCGAAGGGGAGCAACUGCGGGCCAGGAUCUUGGAGCUGCAGCAAAUGUUCGAGAACCGACCGUCCCGGCCCGAAGACGUCGAGCAAAUCCGUCUACUGCACCAGGAGUGCCGGGACCGCGAAACCGCGUUCAACCAGCUGCGCGACGAGAUGCAGUACUACCGGUUAUGCAUUGCAAAUGUGUCUGGGUCUGGAAACUUGUGAUGCAAGAAAGGGAAAAAUAGUGAGCUGAGUGCACUGUAAAAAUGCGCUGGUCAGCAUGACAAGUUUUUCCGUGGUUCUGAGUUGCGUACUCUGCAUGAGAAACUACGUUUUUGCAUGACAGGCAAGAGGAGCUCUUCGCGGCCACGCAAUACAGACCUCAGCGUCAUGCCGCACUAGCAUGACAAAGCUCGCAAUCUCCCAGACUCAAACAUAUUUGCAUUUGAUACCGGUUAGAGUUAGUCAACCGCGAGCAGAACUACAACAAGGUGUUCGGGGUGUCCGGGCCUAACUAUCCUGAGUAAAAACGUACCCACACCAGAGUUGUCAUGCAAAUCUGCAUGCCAAAAAGGUUUGUCAUGCGGAGCGCCAUGAGAGGCAUUGUCUAGUCGUGUUUUGGAAUUUGUGAUGCUACAAUCAGAAUUAUGGAAAGAAAAAAGUUUGUCACAGUCACUAACUUGCAGGUUUUGCAUUACAAAUUUUUAUUCGCACCACAAAUUUUCCUUGUAUUGCAGAAACACUAGGGAAAUCCCUUAUGAAGUUUGGCUGUUAUGCAUUUUUACGCAUGACAGAAAAUUUUGUAUUGCAAAAAUGCGCAUAAGUGAUCGUGACGAACUUUUUUUGUUUGAUAAGAAUGAUAUACUAGAUCUGUGAAGCUGCUGAACUACCUAAACAGGAUUACACUACGAAGAGGAACUUGUCAUGCCAAACGACCAAAGCUGGCUGAUUUGUCUAGCAGAUUUGCCAUCUUGACUCUGGUGUGGGUACGUUUUUACUGAGGAUACUAACGUCGGGGUCUUGAACCCUGUUUCCGCCCACCAACCCACCCAGCCGAACAGCCGCAAGUCGAGCGGCGCGCAGCAGCCCUCGACGCGUCCGGGCAAAACCGGCGGGGUGAGCCAUGCCGUCAUCGGUGGCGGGCAGCUCGACGCCGGGGGGCUUCCACCCUUAGGCGUCGCAGUGGGCGCGGUCGGGCCCGCACAGCAGGCGGCAACGCGGAAAAAGGGUGGAAAGAGGCCCAUCAGUGGCGGCGAGCGCAGGCCAACGCUGGAGAGCGUAAACGACAACCAGUUGCUGCUCUACAAGUAGACGCGGACGACCAGGUAGUCGAGUCAGUUGGUGGACACAAGUAGUUGUAGUAGAAAAAUUAGUGAAGAAAUAGUAGCAAUAAAGUAGUUAACCUUAACGGAGUCAAUUUUUAGCGAGCAAGCCGAAUUUUCGAAUUUUCUUACAGUGCAGAACCAGAAGUGGUCGAAGUGCAGCGUAUGCCGAUGGAGAUAGAUUCGAAUCGGGUAGUUGUGCUUCGAGAUACUUCUCAAGAUCUUGAUCUUUUUUUCUUUCUUACAAUCUUACUUACGCGAGCUUUGCGGCUGGUUACUCACUCGCAAAGUGAGGAAACUGGUGGCCGAGGGGGAAGACACUAAAAAAAUGCAUCUUCCUGAACAGGAGGUGGAUGAGAUUGAGAAGUGCCGUCCUUUUAUUUCGAGUUCUUGCACCAGGAGCUCUUCGGCUCGCUUUGGCUCUCUAUG